AUUUACAGCAGUCGACUCUCUCUCCUCCUCCCUUCGACCCACCCUCGUUCUUCCACGCAACAAAGAUCACCGCUUUCUAAUAAGCUUAUACAGAUACGGCGAUUUGUGAUUUCUUAAUGUGUGAGGUUUUUUCGGGAAAUAAUUUAUGAUUCCCAGGGGCCUUCAUUUUGUCCAGCGGAUCACGAACAAAAAUUGGGUAUGGCAGAUGAUGCCGACAGAGAAAUUGAAAACUCAAAGGAGUCGAAAAAAGAACUAAAUAGAGACUGGGCUAGCCUUCCAACUGAUCUUCUUUGUUUGAUGCUUCCUCAUCUCUUUCUUGGUGAUAUCAAGCGGUUUCAUAACGUCUGUAGAUCAUGGCGAUUGACUCCCACUCUAUCGGUACAAUCUCCGGUGCUUAUGUCUAUUGGGAAUGAUAACACAAGAUGCAAAUUCUUCCACCCACUUUACAAGAGCCCUUACAGCAUGUACAUUCCUGAAUUAUUCGGUGCCGUACCACGAUUUUGUAAAGAUGGUUGGAUGCUUAUGUCUAGAGGCGAGCAUUCAAUGUUCUUCCUUAAUCCAUUCACAAAGGCAUUGAUUAACUUGCCUGAUUUACCUGACAUCUACGAUUUUGGAGGGAUAACAUUCACAUCCUCUCCGACAUCAUCCGACUGCAUGGUUUUUGGCAUUUAUGUCAACCAUGAUGAGAAGUUUUUUUCCAUAUCAACCAUUUGCCGUGGAGAAGAAAGUUGGCAGGUAUUGCAUGGUGAAAAUAACUCGCCCUUUUUCCUCUCUCACUGUAAUCCAGUCUUUCACCAUGGAGAGUUCUAUUGUUUGGGUCAACAUGGGAAUUUGGGAGUCUAUAAUCCUGAUGAAGACUAUUGGACAAUCCUUGACAAGCCUCAUAGGCAGCAGCUCGAUCCCUUCCUUUCACAUGAGCACAACUUUUUGGUGGAAUGCAAUGGGGAGCUACUAUCAGUGUCUUUGAGUUUCAUGGGGAAGUCGAUAUCUGUUUCGAAGCUGGAUAGUGUUGAGAUGACGUGGCAUAAAGUUGACAGUUUGGUCGACCAAAUGUUAUUUGUGAGCAACACAUCAUCUCUUUCAGCAAUGAGAGUGGUACAAGGAAUGGAGAACAAGAUUUAUCUUCCCAGAGUCCAUGAAAAAUGUGGGGCAUUCUAUUCUCUAGCCAGUCGUUUGUUUCAAACAUUUGGAAAUGAUUUCUCUCGCAAGGAUUGGUAUGGGACAUGGGAGCUCUUGAGUUGCUGUUGGAUUGAGCCAAAAGCUGAUACUUCUUAUUCCAAAGAAGAACUCAACUGGUUUGAAGACGCUUAGGUAAAUCUUGGGGUGGAGUAAUUGGACACAAGAACUUCUCCUCAUGGCGUUUAAAGUAGCAAUAUUUUCGUUUUCACAUGUUUUUAUUCCAAUUUUUUAAGUCUCUUUGAAUACUCCGAUUAUCUUAGGAUUAUACUCGGAUAUAUCUUUGGAUGACAU